UCCCAUGAGGACGGUUCCUAUCAGACUCUGGAUGAGGGUUUGUUUCAUGUUCUGCACGGCGGUCCCUGUCUCUGUCCUCCAUCAAUAACCUGCUGCUCUCACCUGCUGGGAUGACACCGGAGGAAGACACACAGCUGAGGCUUUUGCAGCUGCAGAGUCUGUCUACAGAGAUGGAAACCCUUGGAAAUGAGCUGGCCUCUCAGGGACCAAAAGUGGCCCGUGCCCUUGGUUCAGAGUGUGUUCAGCAGUGUGUAGAUGAUGUGUGCAGAGUCCUUCCCGUGGUUCAGGCUGCACUGAGCUGCAGCGAGAAGCAGCUCAGAAAGCUGCAGGAGGAAACUGCAAAGCAACAGAUACAACUAAAUGAGUUGCAUGCAGCCUUCACCUCUAACCAGACAACUGUACACCAAAACAUUAAUGCAUUUAAUGGAACCUUGGACCCUAACAAUCAACUACAGACUGUGACUCAGAUGCAGGAGUCUCUGCAGCAGCAGGUGGAGCAGGUGAGCUCCCUGCUUGAGGUGACUGACCGACACAACCUGGCUGCACCUCAAAUCCAGCAGGCCAAGCGGCUGCAGGGUGAGCUGGACAGAUCUCUGGGUGGUGUUCGCUCCUGCUGUGAUGAGCUGAAGAGCAGCGUGGAGCUGCAGCAGCAGUAUGAGCGCCUGGUCCACAGCCUGGAGGAGCUCAUCGCUUUGGGCUCUGGACGCCUCUCACAGCAGCCUGACACAGAGCUGCACGACAGAGCUCAGCUCCAGCAGCAGCUCAGCAGUCAUACAAAAUUCUUCCAGUUCCUGGGCCAUCAUUUUAGGACCCUGCAGUACCUGACCCAGAGAAUACCUGAGAGCGGCCUCCAGAGUGGGAGGCUGUAGUGAUGGGCCUGCAGGAUGAGGUGACUCGACUUCAGCAGAACGGACUGGAAGAGGGACCAGGAUGCAGGAAACAUUACAGAUGUGGUCUCAGUGGGAGGAGGACAGCGCCUGGUCAGACUCCCUGCUAAGAGGGAUUGAGACUUCUCUUCCCAAAUUGCUCGCUGGGGCU